GAACCAAUCGAACCAGCACGGCGGAACCCGUCUCUUUCCCCCAGAUAAAUCCUCCUAGCCUUCAUUCUUCCAUUCUAUUUUUCUCCGAGGACGAUCGGUGUUCUUCCGUACCUUGUCAUGGCGAAUCCAGUCUAUGGCUCCGGUCCUCUUCGAUCCAGGGAAGGCCUCAUCUCGAGGCCUGCGGCUAGCUCGGACGAGAUCCAGUUGCGGAUCGAUCCUAUGCACGCGGACUUGGACGAGGAGAUCUCAGGCCUCCACAAAAAGAUUCGGCUGUUGAAAGGCGUAGCACAAGAAAUAGAAACGGAAGCAAGGUUCCAGAAUGACUUCAUAUCUCAAUUGCAAAUGACUCUUAUAAAAGCUCAGGCUGCAGUGAAGAACAAUAUGAGGAGGAUGAACAAAAGCAUCAUCCAGCAGGGCUCUAACCAUGUAGUCCAUGUAAUUCUGUUUGCUCUCUUCUGUUUCUUUGUAGUCUAUCUGCUAUCCAAAUUCUCUAGAAGGUGAGGAAAGGAGAUGGAAGGUAACAUGGAUGAUGAUUUGAUUCUUCUCUGGUUUUCGAUGUAUUGCUCUGGAGUUGAUGAGGUAUUUGGGUUUAGGUGUGCUUUUAUAUUAACAGGAGAGAGAAUACUGGUGUAAAAGAAUUGGAAGGGGUGGUGGGCAGCAUUGAGCUUUCAAAUGUUGAAUCGUGUUGACCUGAACAGGGACAUAUAUGAUCCUGUAAUUAAAUAUAUGAAAGUAGCUCAGAUCUCUGGUUGUUUAACUUUCCA